GUGUGUUGGUUUUUCGGUACAUGAGCACAGGCGAGCGUAGAUCAUGUACUGGCCGUGGAGUAAACACCAAAACAAACGAGUGUGAAUAAACUCAGCGCGUGAAGAUGGAUCUGGAAGUGGAUCUUGGAGGCAUAUUUCUCCACAAUGGCACUUAUGACUAUGACAGCGACUACACGUAUGAAGAAGAUCUGGAGCCAAGAAGAUCAGCGGCUGUACUUAUCCCUCUCCUGUUGUCCGUAGUGAUGGCUAUUGGUGUCUGUGGUCAAGGUCUCAUCAUGGUGUUUCUGGGCCUGAAGAAACAGAGUUGGAGCACCUCGGACAUCUUUGUGCUCCACCUGGGUUUAACUGAUGUCCUUCUCCUGAUCACACUGCCUUUCUGGGCUGCGCAGACUGCUCUUCCCCUGGGAUGGUGCUGUGGAGUGUUCUGGUGCAGAAUCAAUGGAGCUUUGUUCAAUAUCAGCUUCUACAGUGGCAUUCUCCUUCUUCUGUGCAUUGUUGGGGAACGAUACCUGAACAUCAUUCACUCUGUUCAGCUGUUUACUCAGAAGACACCUCGGCUAGCCCACAUCACUUGUCUGGUCAUCUGGCUUGUUUCUAUUCUUCCGAGUGUCCCUGACUGUUUUUCAAUGCUUUAUAUUCAAGAAAAAAAUAUGGAAGGUAAAUACGACUGCUCCUGCAUUGCCAAUAUUUAUCGAUCCAAAUGGCAAACACCAGCCCGGAUCAUACACCAUGUGACCUUCCUGCUUCCAGUUGUACUUCUGACCAUCUUCUUCUACUAUAUCCUGAAACAGUUACAAGACUCUAAAAAAGCUUGUGAGAGAUUACGAGCUAUAAUGUUAAUUCUUAGCCUUGUUCUAGUUUUCUUUCUCUGUUGGACGCCGUACAACAUCACACUUAUCAUUGACACUUGGAAGAGCCAAUCGAAAACAUACGUACCAGUAAAAACGACUCUCUUGGCUACGUUAGUUUUAGCCUGCGUCCACGCCUGCCUUAGACCUCUCAUCUAUUUAUGGCUUUGUGAAAAAUUCCGAAAUAGGACACAAGAGGCUGUCAAAUGUGGGCUUGAAGAGUUGAGGGGGGAUUUGUGGGAGCUGGGAGUGGGGAGUGAAAAUAUGCCUGAUCAGAGUAGGAAUCCGCAGGAAAUGAAGCAGAUAAAUAGUGUGGAGCAACACUCUGAGGAUGCAUGAGAUAUGAAUGAGAUGGGGUUAAAACUGUUGGUCAGUGGUGACCUUAGGGGGAGGUUGAAGGGAAGUAAUGUCAUGUGGUGGAGGGACUGUAGCAUUGUAAUCAUGACUAAUGGAUAUUUAUGAAAAUUAACCACACUUGGCACUUUAUAUGAGAACUGUUGUAUGAAUGAGAAUGUAUUAAUGCCUGAAAAAAAACUUCAGUAUCAAAAACAUCCAGUUUUAGACACAUCUGCAUUAUAUUAUUUCUGCCUAAAUCAUGUGAAACCAACAUUUUAUCUUAAGCAAAAUCUUGAGUUAAUACAAAAUGUAGGAAUAUUGUUAUGUUCAGGAUUUUAAAAUUUUGUUUUUUUUAAAAAAUAGAAAUGUAUUAGUGACAUGCUCAGAAAAUGUUUUUUUUUAUCUACCCCCUGUCUCUACGCUCUGUACUGUAAGUGCCAUUAAAAAAAUUGACUCUAGGUCAUUCAUGUAUGGGUUCAUAGAUGUCACCAUUUUUUAACAAUAAAAACACAUAAUUGAAAAUCUAUUGCUCGCUUCAGUGAAAAGCAACAACGAAUCCCAUAAAAGCAUAAUAUGUCUUUUUUAAUAGAAAUCCUCUAUUUGACAAAAAAAGAUGAGUUUUAAAAAUUAAAAUAGAAAUGUGAUGUUCACAUGAUUCUUGUGUAAAAUAAAUGUUACAGGGUGGUGCAAAAACCCUGUAACAUUUAUACUACACAAGAAUCAUGUGAAUCCUGUGGGCUUAUGUUGUCUUACAUGUUACAAAAUUGCUAAGCUAUUAAGGUUUAACAAGAUAUAUUUGAAAAGAUCUAUUUAGUAAUAUUGCAAAAUAGCAGUGUUUAUGGCAAGGUUGCCGUGUUUUGUGUGCUGCAAAUUGUAAUCCAUCAUUCUUAAGAAGUUUGUACAUAUCACUAAUAUAUUGCCAAACACGGGGAAUUUCCCCUCCGGUAAAUUGUGCUUUCAUUUUUGACUUGUUUGGAGUGACUGGGUUUUUAGCAAAUAAUCAUGUCAAAAACAUCUGACCAUGAGUAAACCUGGGAGAAUCAUGGUAAAUAGCUUGUUCUUACAGCUCCGUUCCCUUAGUAAGAAAAGCACUAUGUUUGCUAUGCAUUCAAAUUACAAGUAAGAAAAAACACAAUUAAUAUGCUAAAUACUUUCAUGUUGUAUUGUAUGCUCUGUGGGAUAUAUGGAAUAUUGUGUUACAAAUCUUUAUGUGUAUUAUUUAUGUAAGUGUUUAUUUUUUUUCUAAAUAAACUUGAACAUUGUAUAGAAUUAUUU